AUGGCCCUCCUUAUCUCCACUCCAGCUCGCUACAGUCGUCGUCUGGCUUAUGCCACUACCUUUAACCGUAGUAACUUCUCGACGGCUGUUGAUAAGGGAACGAUGACCCCAAGCGAGGCGUUUGUGGAAACCCUCAUAAAACAGGAUGUGAAAUAUGUCUUCGGAAUCGCCGGCUCAGCCUUUAUGGAUGCCCUCGAUCUCUUCCCCAUAGCAGGGAUAAGGUAUAUAAGCGUCCAACACGAACAGAACGCUGUUCAUAUGGCUGAUGGUUACGCCCGUAUCAGUGGUCGUCACGGUGUAUGCGCGGCUCAGAACGGCCCUGGUAUCACUAAUUUUGUUACUGCCCUACAGGGCUGUUACUGGUCCCAUAGCCCUGUAGUGGUCAUCACGCCCGACCACUCUUCGAUGCAAACGGGAACUGGGGGUUUUCAGGAAUGCGAUCAGUUGAAGAUAUUCGAGAGUAUGGUAAAGUACCAAGGGCAGGUGAACAACCCUAAAAGGGUCGCAGAGAUAACCUCGAGGGCCUUUGAUAUCGCCCUCAACGACCGAGGACCGACACAGAUCAACAUACCGAGAGAUUACUGGUAUGGAAAAUAUGACUUUACUAUACCGGAUCCACUUCACAUUGAGCGAGGCCCGGGGGGGCCCAAGUCGAUCGAGCGCGCCAAGGAGCUCCUUAUGAGUGCUAAGAAUCCGGUAUAA